UCGCAGUUAAAGGCUUUACUAAACAGGCGGCAGGCCAAGUGUUCCUGUGACGCAUGGCGCUGUCGCGCUGUAUGCGUUGGCUUCCAGCACGGUAUCCAGGCGAGCCCCCACAUUGUUCGAUUCGGACAAUGAACAAAGUCAUCUGCACGUGGAAGGUCGCCCGCCCGUACCGUUGCAUAUUUCGAUGGUAGCCAGCCCGGUACUUACACUGGCUAACCUCCCUGUCUUUCCUUCCCUUUCAUGUCUCUCUCUCGGAGUUUCAACAGGGGCAUCCUGUACCUCCUAGCGUCAGCCAACUGCAACAGCUGAGAAGUCUCCGAGUCGAGGAGCCUCCCAGGAGAGCUCACCAUGGCACGGCCACUCGUGGCGGUCUCUGUUGUGGUGACAUUCCUGUUACUGGCGAACGUGCUCGUUGAAACUGGUGCCCUGCGUUGUCCAGGCGUCAAGAUCGUGUCUCGCAAGGGUUGGGGCGCGCGGCCACCGCGAUUACAGGUGGCGAUGAAAACUCCUCGAGCCACACACGUAUUCAUCCACCACACCACAGGCCCGCAGUGCAAUGACAAGACCAGUUGCAGCCGACUCAUACGAAGUCACCAGAAACAUCACAUGGACGCCAACCGCUGGCCAGAUAUCGGUUACAACUUUCUCGUGGGUGGUGACGGCCGCAUCUACGAAGGCCGUGGCUUCGGACGCGAGGGCGCCCAUACUCGAGGCUACAAUCACAUCGGCAUCGCCAUCUCCUUUGUGGGAGACUUCAACCGAGCCAAGCCAAGCCAAAGGAUGCUCCGUGCGGCCCAGAGGCUGAUCUCCUGCGGCGUCAGAAAACUGGGUCACCCGUGGUCGAAUGGAUCCGAUGGCGCAACGGGCCGUUGUGCUUAGGGAACAGGGCUCGGAAGCAAACGUCGACCCAACUUGCAUGGGGGAAGAUCCACAAAGGGUACUCACUGCAUGGUCACCGAGACGCCAACUGCACCACAUGUCCGGGCAACUCUCUCUACGCCAUCAUCAAGAAGUGGGCGCACUUCAAGGGCAAGCUUAGGAGGUUCCUCUGCUAGCGGCCAGUGACCCACAAAAUGUCAAUAAAUCAAAAGCAACAUCUUUCUCUUGGAA